GUACUUCAAAAAUACACUUUUAUCUCAACAAAAUUUCCAGUUCUUUUAUAUCACCUCACGACACUCACUAUGUCCUUCUUUUAAUACCAACUUCCCAUAUCCAAAAACCAAACAUCAAAAUGAAGACUACUAUCUUCUCCUCCACUAUCGCCAUUUUCGCUACUUUGGCGACUGCCCUUCCCGCCACAGCCCCGGCUGACCCCGCAGUUACCCCCGGCGCAGGCAUUACCACCCGCGACCACGUCAAGCAAGUGAUAAGCUCCAGUGCCGUGGUCACCAUCAACGAAGAUACACCCGACACCGCCCUCGGCAUUGUCGACAAAGCGAUUGUCUCUCGGGUUGACAGCAAGCAAAACUCCCAAGCGCUCCUCAAGUUUGAUUUCCCCGAAGGUCUCACUGGGUAUAAAUGCCGAUUGGCGUUCGGACACUCAACCCAGUUCGGCGGUACUGGUAAGAUCCAGGUAUUCGCCAUUGGGGACGCGAACAUUGCGGGAGCGACCUUUAAUAAGAGACCUUUCAGGGACCAGUUUAAGGCUACUUUCCGUGUUGCCGGUUGGGGUGAGGCUACGGUUGUUGAUGGUCCGGGAUUGACUUUCGAUUGCCCGUUUAUGGGAGCUAAGGCAUAUGAGGUUAUUUCUGUCGGUGAUAACAAUCAGGUUGUUUGGUAUGCGCCUUGGGGCGGAUUGAGAAUCGAUGUCUUGUAAGGUUGAAGCCAUUGUCGGGUAAGAUUUUGCUUGUACUACGGCUUUCAUGCUUUUGUCAUGUUAGCUCCUUUCUUUUCUUUCUUCAAACUAUUUUCUUUGAAGGAUUGCAUUGAAUGGUACUAGUGGGUUGGGUUUGCAUUUCGUUUUUUGGAAUUAGAGCAUUGGGUUACAAUUCUAUCGUUAUUAAGUCAUUUUCACGAGAAC